AUGCUAUGCAAUACGAACAUAGAUCUGUUAUCGUUCUCAUAUGGACGUCUUUUUUCUUCUUUUUUCUUUGCCCUUCUCCACCUCCACCUAGUCCCUUUUCUCCAUACACCUUUCUUUCUUUCUUUCUUUCUUUCUUUCUUUCUUUCUUUCUUUCUUUCUUUCUUGUCAGCUUGUUCCCCAUCCUCUUUCUUUCUUUCUUUCUUUCUUUCUUUCUUUCUUUCUUUCUUUCUAACCUUUUUUUAUCUCAUGCCAAACAGCAUUUCUGAUAUUUUUUUUUCUGUUCGAUCACCUGACGGAAAUACAUUGUUACCCAUAUCAUUUCUCCUUUUCUUUUCUUUCUUUCUUUCUUUCUUUCUUUCUCCUAACCUUUUUUUUAUCUCAUGCCAAACAGCACUUCUGAUAUUUUUUUUUCUGUUCGAUCACCUGACGGAAAUAUAUAUUUUGCCCCUUAUCUGCAUCAAGUUGUUAUCCAUAUCAAUUCUCCUUUUCUUUCUUUCUUUCUUUCUUUCUUUCUUUCUUUCUAGCAUUUUGUUUCCCAUAUUCCUACGCCUUUUCUUUCUUUCUUUCUUUCUGUCUUUCUUUCUUUCUUUCUUUCUUUCUUUCUUUGUUCUGAGCAACGAAAAUAUGAGGCUUAAUUAUUUAUACGUAACAUUAAGUCUGGAUGGAUCUAAUCAAGUACCCCUUAUCAACUACCUUUCUUUCUUUCUUUCUUUCUUUCUUUCUUUCUUUCUUUCAUUUUCCAUACACCUCACCGGGUUAGCCAGUUUGCCUUCAAUUCCAUCCAGCCCGUCGAUGUCAUCAACAACACCGAGGCCCCUAAUCGUAUCUCUUCCAGUACUGUGCGGAUAUGAUUUUCAAAAGCUUUCUGAAUAUGAAAUUAUUCGACAUCUAUCUAUCUAUCUAUCUAUCUAUCUAUCUAUCUAUCUAUCUAUCUAUCUAUCUAUCUAUCUAGCUCAGUCUGUUCAUUAUCUAUCUAUCUAUCUAUCUAUCUAUCUAUCUAUCUAUCUAUCUAUCUCAGUCUGUUCAAAUCUAUCUAUCUAUCUAUCUCAGUCUGUUCAAAUCUAUCUAUCUAUCUAUCUCAGUCUGUUCAUAUCUAUCUAUCUAUCUAUAUAUCUAUCUACGUGUGAGUAUUUUGAAGCUUUAUAUUACACCUGA